AUGAGAAAUACACACGAUGCAUCAACAACACUAGAUGAUAUCAUCAAUGAAUUAAAGUUAACAUACGAUGCAUCCAAUGGUCUAUUGGAUGGUGAUUCGAUUCGAAGUAUCCCAAACGUAAACACGUUAACCAACUUGAACAAGUUGUUUAGUAAUCUAAAGAAGGAAUUGAGUCUGCUAGAACAGAAUGAUGAAAUAGUGUUGCAAAAAAUUGAAGCGACUCAAGGUGGUAAAGACGAAACGAAAAAGCGUCCUAGUGGAGUAUUAGAUGAUAAGGAAGGCGAUGUGGACCAUGACGAAGAUGAUGAUGUCAAGAGGAGGAAGCUAGAUUCUAAAACAAAUGAUGACGGAGCUAAUGAUGUAACAGAGGAGAAGGAAAGGCUAAACCUGAAGGACGACCCAGUUCCUCCUGUUCAAUCAGGAUCCUUUUCACACGAUAACGAUACAAGGCUCAAGAAUCCCAAAUCGGAGUAUGUGGAGCCGCAAGUACUAUCCGCAGAUGCAAUCUCUGCUCUCGGACUUUAUUCCGAAAACAAUCACGGCUUAGAAACCCACGGCAAGGAGUACUUAAAGAGGAAAUAUGGCGUGGCAUCCUAUCCAGAAAAUGACCUACAAGACUUAUUACCUGGCAAAAUACCGAAUAUAGAUUUCUCAAAAAAUAAGCCACCAACUAAUCAGGUUCAGUUUAGUACGUUCCAAUCGUAUAUUGAAUCGUAUUUCCGCUCAUUCAGUAACGAUGAUUUGAAAUUCCUCGAGGAGAGAAAUGUAAUCCCUCCCGGGUUUGAAAAAUCAGGUUACGACCCCGAUGUUUCACCAUUUAUUAUUCCAAAAGUGGGCAAGUUUUAUGCUGAGUUGUGGGCCGAGGAAGACUCUACUUUGGCGUCUAAACUAAAUUCACCAGCUCUUUAUGCAAAUCUGGUUGAUGCGUACAAAGCAAAAGGGUCUAUAAAUUCGUUAAGUGAUGAUAAGCUUUACACCGAGGAGGUUUCAUGUGGGCCUUUAUCUAGCAGAUUGCUAUCAGCGAUACUAAGCAAUCAUGAGGUGGCUAAUGAAGAUGGCGAGGAUGAAAGAACUGAUGAUGUACAAAAAGCAAUAACAGGAAAGAGUGAAAACGGUAAUGACCAUUCCAAUAACUUGUUAGCGCAAGAUGAAGUUGCUACUCAAUUGAAUAGCAGCGAAGAUUAUAGAGUAACCACUGAUUCAAACGAUUACCAGUCAAUCGAAGAUAGACUCAAGCGAGAACUCAAAUACAUUGGUAUAUUCAUGAAUUUACCCACCAAGGAUGAUGGAAAAGCCAAAGCAGGUAAGACGUCUGGACGGGCACCAAAGAGGCCUUCAAUCAGUAUAGUUGACAAUGACGAGUGGAUACGAAAUAAAGAGGAUGACGAGGUUUGUGCCGAGAUAAGGACUUUGCAAAAUGAAUUAAGAGAGGUGACAAGUAGGAACCGGGCCAACAAGAGGAAGUUGGUUCCCAUAAUUCAAGAUAGUAUUGCUUAUCAAGAAUACUGUACGAUAUUAGAGGAUUUGGAUAAGCAAGUCGAUCUGGCGUACAUGAAACGAUCAAAAGGAAAAGGCAAAAAGAAGAAAGUAGAUGCAAAUGCACCACAACAACAAGCAGUAAACAGCGGACUCAGGGCACUUUUGGAGAAACGAAGAAGGUGGAUUGACUCCAUCGGUAAGCUAUUUCCACCGCCAGAAGUAAUGAAGCGAGAACCGUCAGAACUGAUUCUUGUAAAAGAAGGCACAGUUGACACAGAAUUGAACGAUGAAGAGGGUGACAAUACCGGUUCGAAUGCUGUGGAUUUAAUUACACAGUAG